GCAAGCGUCUUUGGUAUUGUAUGUGUUUGUGUGUAUGUGGCGUCGUAUGGAGAUAUUUUUACGUGGAUUUGAAUUUCGCGAGAAGUCAUCUGUGUUAUUGUAGAGACAAGACAUUCCAGACAACUUUCGUAAACUGAUUAUAACAUGUAUGCGCAGUGUAUGGAGAGACUUAAAUGAACAGAACGAAAUUGAAUUUUGUUAAAGAGUGAGUGCAUCUCAGUGCUGCAAAAAAUCUCAAAAAGAGACUGUCGAUGUAAUAUACAGGUGAAGUGAUAGUUCUGAGGCAUUGUAUUUGUGAAUAAUUUGUUAAGAAGGAGUGUCCUGGAUGACGGAGAACGAUAAUGUGAACGGCUGUGUAAAGGAUAGCAGACAACAUAUCAGAAUGUUUAACCACGAUUAUGAGAAACGACUGGUGUGGAUACCUAAAGGAAAUGAGAAAUCAACUAGAAGUCCACUCAGUCCACCUAAUAGUGCAAGUACACCAUUCACACACCCUGAUUCUGCCCUAUCACCAUACAAAUGCUUUCAGCCAGGUAUGGGUGUUUCAUGUGGUCCUGACCGGUUCAUCCCACACAGAGCAACAAACAACUGGCAGAUUAAAUUUUCCAUGAUUUCCGUAAGUCAGGAUAAUACUGUUCGUACAGGGGCAAUUCCAAAAAAAGCAACCCGUGAAACUGGUGAAACAGGUAGAGAUGCUGUUGCGUACUCCUGCCUAUUGAAGAAUGAGCUUCUAGGUUGCAACAUAGAGGAUGUUAAAGGCCAGUCAGAGGAAAGGAGAAGCUCAGUACCACAAGAAGGGAGAAAUCUGUUUCAUUAUUCUCCACCAUCCCAGAAGUCAGUUUCCAGCAGCGAUACGUCAGCUUUAUCUGCCUACUCAUUAUCACCUGUAAGUGCCAAGAGUCAGAAGUUGCUGAGGUCACCCCGUAAAGCUACAAGAAAAAUUUCAAGGAUCCCGUUUAAGGUUCUGGAUGCUCCAGAGUUGCAGGAUGACUUCUAUCUCAAUUUAGUUGACUGGUCUUCGCAAAAUGUACUAAGUGUUGGGCUUGGUAGCUGUGUUUAUCUAUGGUCUGCCUGUACAAGCCAAGUUACAAGACUGUGUGACCUUACUGGUGAUGGAAACUCUGUAACAUCUGUGGCAUGGAAUGAAAGGGGUAAUCUGGUAGCUGUUGGCACGCAUCAUGGAUAUGUUCAAGUGUGGGAUGUCAGUCUUAACAAACAAGUUAACAAGAUGCAGGGACAUUCUGCUAGAGUUGGUGCUCUUGCUUGGAAUGGUGACAUCCUCUCUUCUGGUAGCAGAGAUAGACUGAUACUGCAACGUGAUGUGCGUACCCCUGGAGUUGUAGCAGAGAAAAAGCUUGUAGGGCAUAGGCAGGAGGUCUGUGGUCUAAAGUGGUCACCUGAUAAUCAGUACCUGGCAUCAGGAGGUAAUGAUAACCGACUAUAUGUUUGGAAUCUACAUUCCUUAACUCCAGUUCAGACAUACACUGAGCAUCUUGCUGCUGUAAAAGCAAUUGCAUGGUCACCACAUCAUCAUGGCUUGCUGGCAAGUGGUGGUGGCACAGCUGACCGAUGCAUUAGGUUUUGGAAUACUCUUACUGGACAGCCAAUGCAGUGUGUGGACACUGGUUCCCAAGUCUGCAACUUAGCCUGGUCAAAACAUUCCUCUGAACUGGUUAGUACCCAUGGCUAUUCCCAGAAUCAGAUACUAGUCUGGAAAUACCCAAGCCUUACACAAGUUGCAAAACUAACAGGACAUUCAUAUAGAGUAUUAUAUUUAGCAAUGUCUCCAGAUGGUGAAGCAAUUGUUACUGGUGCUGGAGAUGAAACAUUGAGGUUUUGGAAUGUUUUCAGCAAAGCAAGGUCACAAAAGGAAAAUAAAUCAGUUCUGAACCUGUACGCAAGCAUACGAUAAUAGCAAACUGGCCAGCUCUUGGUUUAAAUGCAGACAUUCAACAUAUUCAGUUCAGAAACAAAGAGUUGUUGAAUAUAAAAUUGUAUAUUAUUCUGAGUUUGUGGUUUCUGUGUGUGUGUGUGUGUGUGUGUGUGUGUGUGUGUGUGUGUGUGUGCGCGCGCGCGCGCGCGCGCUUGAAUGUGUGCAUGUUUAUUAAAUGUGAUAUGUGUAGUAAAUAUGUUAUAUUGAAUUACGUCUGUGUAAAGCUAUUAAUUUACUAAAUAUAAAUUGUUACAUAUGUAAUAGGAAUGUGUUACAUAUGUGGAACGUGAAAUGUAGUAUAACUUACAUUGCAGUUUAAUUUGCUUUUCUGUAUUAUAUUGAUUUCCUCGGGAAAAGAGUCCCUGCUCUGAUUUUUACAUGAGCAGUAUAAUAGCUGUGAAUGGACAUUAUAAGCUUCAGUGUCAAUGAAUAAAUCCAGUAUUUACAAUGUAAAACUCAAAAAGAUGGUGAGUGCCACAUUGUAUAACAUUGCUAAAUUGUUAUAAAAAGAAAAAGCCGCCCCUACCACCAUCACCUUCUCCCUCCCUCCUCUCUCCCUGUGUGUGUGUGUGUGUGUGUGUGUGUGUGUGUGUGUGUGUGUGUGUGUGUGUGUGUGUGUGUGCGCGAGCGCGCGUGUGUGUGUGAGAGCGAUAAAUUUAUAAACAUGGUGUACAACACUUGAAAGUAAGCUAAUACGUAAAACGUAUGUUGAUGUACUGUAUGUGGAAUUAAUGCUUAUUAUAUGAAAUGAUAUCGCCAUUGUAUGUAUGAUAUUCUUGUUGUGCAAAGGUUUUGGUUGUUAACUGAUCUAUUGUAGACGUAUUUCCUGUUGAAAUUGUGAAUUUUAUUUUGUUGAACAUUUCACAUAAUUACUGUUGUUAUAAACAUGAAAGUCUGAGUCUUUUGUAUUGUUCUGUUACUUUUUGCAUGUAUGUAUUUUUUUUGUGUGUGUGUUCUUCUUAUUGUAAAUUUUGAAACUUGUAGUGUGUGUUCACAUUGUCGUGUAAUAAAUUUUUCGUGAGCUUGACUAAAGACCUUUAUAUGGAUGUAUAGAUCGCUAUAUUAGUCUUGCCAGUCUUAUAGUUUGAAAAUUAGUAAUUGUUAUACAAGGGCUGUUCAGAAAGUAACUUAAGUUUUUCUGCUGCUCAAUGAGAGAAGGUGCUAGUGUCCCCAUCUUAGUUUCAGGGCAUCUACUGAAUUAUUAUGCAUAAUGUGAUUGUUUGUGGUGCAUGUUGCCUCUGCUUUGUUCACUGUAAAUGUUUAAAAUGUGUGCUGCAGUAGAAAAUCCUGCAAGUUAUGAAGUGCGAUCAGUGAUUAGUUUUUUAUUUGCCAAAAAAACCUAUUGGAAUUUAUCAGGCACUUUGUACGAUGUAUGGAAAUGAUGUAAUUAGUGAAGCCAGAGUGAGACAAUGGUGCAUCAUGUUUAACAGUGGCACACUAGUGUUUUCAGGGAAGCACGAAGUGAUAAGCCAAGCAUUGUCAAGACUGAACUGGUGGAGAAAAUCAGUGUAAAGAUAUGGAAAAAAAUUGUGAAACAUUAAAAAAAUGGAGGAGAGUGAUACAAAACAAGCAUUGAGGAAAAUUGCAUUACAAGGUUUUUCUUUCCAUCUGUGACAAUGAAUAACUAUACACAACCAUUUGAACUCAACAGAUCAUGGAUGGUUUUGUUAUGGGAGCAUGAUGGUCAUUCACAGUUCAGUUUGGACCGUCAUCUGAGUGAUUUUCACUUGUUUCCACUCAUGAGGACCUGGCUUGCAACACGGCACUUCAGCAAUGAUGAGAAACUGCAUACAACCAUGCAUGCAUGGUUGAACCCUCAGUAGGCAAGAUUCUAUGAUGGAACUAACAAAAAAGUGAAUCGUUGUGAUGUCUUACUGUAUAUGGAGAUUACGUUGAAAAAUAGCUGAAUAGUUUGACUUUCAAAUGUAUAUUAGAAUAUGUGUUUCAUUUGAUUGAUUUUUUAUUCUGAAGUGUAAGUUACUUUCUGAAUAGCCCUCACAUAAUGUAUGGACAGAUUACAAAAAGCUAUUACAUAUUUUCUGAUUUGAAAUGUGCCAUUGAAGUGUGCAAAGAUUAUAACUUACUCAGCAGUAAUAUGGGCACCAAGCAGCAGAAGGAUAAGCUGAAUUGAGGUUGUAAGAGACAGAAAUAAAAUUAUGAGGAAGGAAAGCCUACAAAAUGAACAGUCAGUAUUAGAAAACAAUGUAAUUAUGAUUCUUGAUUAUUUCCAGUUUACUUGUGUCCACAGUCCUUUCAAUAUCUUAGAAAUUGUCAAAAUG